UUUUUUGAUAAGUUUUUCACAGUGUCCAUUAUGUGCAGGAUUGCAUAUUCAUACAGAAUUUUCAUUUAAACUCCUUAUUGAGACAUCUUGUUAAAUGGGGAAGUGAUUACCCUAUAGACUAUGACAACAGGAUAUAUGAAUGGAGGAAGUUUUGGAAAACACCACUAUUCCAGGUGGCAUCGUGAGGACAGCGGAGAAGAUGAUGGGCACCCGGAGUGCUUUGGAGGAGAUGAAGAGAGCAGGCAGCACAGGCUGACCCCAUUUGAGAAAUUAAUGCAGGAUAUGUCCCAGAAUGAAAAAGUGGUGAAGGAAUUAACCCUGGGAAAGAGAAUUGGCUUCUAUCGAGUCAGAGGAGAAAUAGGAAGUGGGAAUUUCUCGCAAGUGAAGCUUGGAAUUCAUUCUCUAACCAAAGAGAGAGUUGCAAUUAAGAUUUUGGACAAGACAAAACUAGACCGGAAGACUCAACGUUUGCUAUCUCGUGAGAUAUCCAGCAUGGAAAAACUGCACCACCCAAAUAUUAUCAGACUGUAUGAAGUGGUGGAGACACUCUCGAAACUGCACCUGGUGAUGGAGUAUGCAGGAGGUGGGGAGCUCUUCACUAAAAUCAGUACAGAAGGGAAGCUACUAGAAACAGAGUGUAAAAUCGUCUUUUCCCAGAUUGUGUCUGCAGUGAAGCACAUGCAUGAGCAUAAUAUCAUUCACCGGGACUUGAAAGCAGAAAAUGUCUUCUACACCAGUAACACCUGUGUUAAGGUGGGAGACUUUGGAUUCAGCACAGUAAGUAAAAGAGAUGAAACUUUAAAUACUUUCUGUGGCUCUCCUCCUUAUGCUGCCCCCGAACUCUUCCGAGAUGAAAAGUAUGUUGGCAUUUAUGUAGACAUCUGGGCACUAGGAAUCCUGUUAUACUUUAUGACGACGGGUAUCAUGCCAUUUCGGGCAGAUACAGUGGCCAAACUGAAAAAGUGCAUUCUUGAAGGGACAUACAGUUUGCCUCCCUGCCUCUCGGAAGCUUGCCAGAAACUGAUAAAAGGAGUCCUUCAGCCAAUACCAACCGAACGAUACUCUCUCAAACUUAUUAUGAACAGUGAAUGGAUGCAAGGAAUACAGUACCCCAAACCUUUACAGCAGUUUAAACUGGAUCCUAAGUACUUAUCGGACACCAGUACGCUCAAAGAGGAAGAAAUCGAAGUGAAAAGUAUUCUGGAAGAUCUGGGAAUCACAGAAGAACAUAUUCAAAAUAACCGGGGAAGAGAUGCGCACAGCUCAAUAACAGGGGUCUACAGGAUUGUUUUGCACAAAGUACAGAAGAAAAGGGCACUUGAAUGUGUUCCUAUCAUGUCCCAUCCAGACCCCAAAGAACAUGACUUGAGUAGAGGAAUCAGUUCCUGCAGUGGGAUCAAGCAGACAUCCAAGCUGUGUUCUAUUUUAUAA